AUGAACAGCCCGUUCCGUUUUACAAAACGGGUCCGCGUGAUUCUGUUCAUGAGCAAUUGUAUAUUUCUGUGCGGAGGGAUUUCCGCCCUCAUAUUAAAUUCCCCGGAGGAUCAAUAUGCGGCUAAAUUGAGGAUUAUCGAGGUUAACAAACUCCGCGGCUAUUUCGAACUCUAUCUUGAAGAUUCUUCAAUGCGAACCGCCUCAUGUUUUCACUUCCUGUGCGUUUGUGAUGGAUUUGUCAACCAAAACCGCUUGGUUCCUAAUCAUGGUUUCCGUUGUACUGAUAUUCGAGUUUGCGUUCCUUUGUGCGCACGGCCUGUACAUUUUAGAAAACCAAAGUAGUCAUAUGUCUCUCAAAACGCGUCAUCUUCAAAAGACGUUCUUCUACAGCUUGUGUGGCCAGGUGAGCUGUAAUAAUUUCUCUGCUCCUGUAAAUUUGAGUUGCGAGCCUUAAAGCGAGGUCAUUCAACUUUGCGUUGGGAAUUUCCUGAAAAUCGGCCAAAACACUCCUUAUUGUACUAGAUAAAGAUCCUUGAAGUCUCUACCUGCACAACUCCCUAGUUUUCCAGAAACAACGGCUCAAAUCCUCGAAAUAGCCUAUUUUUCAGAUUUUGAGAGUCUUCUUUGAUUUGAGGGCGUCUUUUCUAAAAAACGAAGAAGUUGUGCAGGUUGGAACUUCCAGAAUUUUCCACUGGUACAUCAAGGAGCAUUCCAGUCAAUUUUCAGAAAUUCCUAAACCGCAAAGUAAAAUGACCUCCUUAGUUAGAAUUUUUUAGGUAAGUAUUCCAAUGAUUUUUCUGUGCCUUCCACUAGUUUUGAUCACUUGGCUUGUUACUACAAAUACAUCGGUAAACGGUAAAUCAGGACUUAUUAUUUUCUUCGAAUUCCUCGAAAUUUCAGUGUUGUCCCCGAUUGUCGUCAUCGUGGGAUCUUUACAUGGCGGCAUUUCUUCCAUAUUCACUAUUUUAUCAAACAAACAUUAUCGCAACUUUUUUUUGAAGCCACAGAACUGUUUUCCCCUAUCAAACAGAGGUGCGUAUGAAAAAACAACAGCCCCCGGUCUAACUAUUCGAAUUAAGAAACGAUGUCUACUGUUUCAGUAGCAAACCGUACUAGAAAAGAGAAUUCUCCUGCAUUCUUUGUUUCCUGAUUUGUUCUGAGCAUCAUUGAGAGCAGGAAAAUCUAUCUUAUACCUUCUGAAGAAUCGUUAGAAAACAAGAGAUCCUUUUAUACACUUUUUUUGAAUAAAUAAUUUGUUUUUUUGGAUCAGCGUCGAUAAUCCGCAUCGCAAAGGCAAACGUCGCCGUUUAGAAACACUUCCCCGAAUUUUUCAUAAAAGUCGUUCGAAAUUUUCACGUCUGCUCUAAACUACAGAAAAUGCAACUGUUUUUAGAGUCAGGAGUUCAAUUUUUUUUCUUUUUUUAUUUCAGCUAUCUGAUAAAAACUUGAGAAAUUGAGCUAUAUUACCUCGGUACUUGGACCAAACAUUUUAUUAGAAAAGAUGGGUUGAAAAAUUGCGUCUGUGGCUAGGUACCACCAAGGUCCGCCCACUUUUGGGGCGCUUUUGCUCAGCACAAAUGUUUUUUUGCUUUUUUAAUCGUGCUAUUCCAAAAAGAUACCUGAAAACUCAUUGGAGUUCAUAAAAUAAAAUGAGAAAAAAAUUCUCUCGAAACUCGUGGAUUUUAUAGUAGAAAAGUAAAUGAAAAGUCCAAAUCUUCUCUUUGAAAUCUUUGUUUCGUUUCAAAACAUAUGAAUGAGCAACUUCCCUAUCUUCUGGAAGCCUAAACUUGAAAAAAAUGAGGCUUAGCUGAGUUUGUAUAAAAUAGAAAACUGAUGAAAAAAACACGCCUGUUUGAGGUGGCCGGUCGUAUUACGGUAGUUUGGAUAGGUUUUUCAAUAAUAAAAUGAAAUCUUGUGUACUUUUUGUGACGUAGCUUACCUUGUAACCUCGAGAAAUAGGUUCUCAACAAAUUGCAAAAAAGAAAGAAAAUUUAAAAAAUUUCCUAUCUCCGAAACUGACUGCGCAAUAUUGACCGGCCACCGGCCGCCGUAGUACUGUCUCAAACAUGCGUGAAAACAUAAAAAAAAAUUAAAGUGUGUGCAGUUCUACGAAGGGGUGCAUGCGGAAGGAACAAGUUCGCGCGUCGCGACGCUCUUCGAAGAUUCUCUUCUCCGCCUCCCUCGCCUUUAAAGUUGGGAAAAUUGACUAUACAUGAAACUUCUCGAAUCGAAAAUCUCGAUGUAUAAAGGUUGCGUGGCAUUCGAGGUUUUACAAAUUGGAAAACACGGUUUUCAACUUCACCUGCUGUAUGGGAUAUGCAAUACUGCAUUUUGAAGCAAAAGCCUUAACAAAACUCCGAUUUUCUACAGGAUAAAAUCAAGUUCCCGCCUAACUCACUAUGAACUUCCCUCCCUCUGAAGAUGACAGCAGAUUUAUGACCGAAGAAACACUCAAACUUAUCGAAAAACUAAUGCGGCUACGCGUCUCUAACUUUUGCGUCCUUUUCAGAAAAAAAAAGCUCUGCAAUUCAGCAAAUCUUUUCACCUGCUAGGCAGUAAUGUGAAGGAACAUUCAUACUUGUAUAUCUAACUUCCGCCAAUUUUAUUAUCAUGUCUUUCCCGCUCUGCGAUGAAGACGGCGAAAUCAUAAACGAAAAAACACUAAAACUCAUCGAAACUUCGAUUUUCCCGCUCCUAAUGGCUAUCAAUAGCGCCGCCUUUCUGUGUAUUCUAUUCCUUUCGCCCAAAUCCAUGAAACACUACAAAUGGUUACUGCUAAACUAUCAAAUUUGGUAGGCUAUAGUCUUUGUGCCACGACUUGAAUUUCCACGGAACGACAUUCCGCUGUUCCGCUGCGUGCGUUCGCGAAGCGUCUUUCGAAUCUAGGUCACGCUUUCAAUUGAUUGUUAUUCCUGUGAGAGCACAUUAAAGUAAAGAACUUAUAAAAGAAAAUUUAAAAAAAGUUAAAAGCGCGACCAAGGUUCGCACAGGCGUGCAGCGGCACAGCGGAAUGUCGUUUGGUGAAAUUUCAAGUCGUGGUACACAGGCUAUACAUGGCGAAAAACCUUUACAGUGACUUUCCAGGGUAGUUAUCUUGGAUAUUCUCAUUCCAUUGAUGAUCGUUCCCAUGUUCUAUUUGCCAGCUUUGGCUGGACGUGCCGUCGGAUGGUUUUCGGAAUUAGAAGUUCCGGGGUCUGUUCAAUGGACAAUAGGCUUUUUUACCUUUGCAAGUCUGCGAUUUCAGAUAAUCAAAAGUAUAAUGAUUUUAGACGUUCUUCUAUCAGUUAUCAUGCUAUUUGAACAUCGUCAUCAUUGCUUAUUGCCCCUGAAUAGCCCAUUUCGGCUGAGAAAAUCUGCUCGUAUUUUAUUAAUUUUGGGUAAUUUCGUGCUUUUGAGCGGUGGGAUUCUAUUUCUCAUAGGAGUUGCACCUGAUGAUCAAACCGAAGCCAAGCGGAAAGUUGUCGAGGUGGGAACUUUAAAUCUGGAAAAAAACUGUGAGUGAAUAACGUCAGAUUUUGCAAUGCGAACCUCCGUUUAUAUUCACUUCUCAUACUUUCGUCAUGGAUUUGACCUUGAAGACACCUUUAUUCGCCUUCAUAGCAUCAGUUACCGCGAUUUCUCAGAUGGUUUUCGAUGGUGCUCACGGACUCUACGUCUUGAACAAUCAAAGUAGUCACAUGUCUCUCAAAACUCGCAACCUUCAGAGAUCCUUUUUAUAUAUCUUAUGCGGUCAGGUAUGCACUUGCAAAGAUAAAUGUGUAUCCAGAAAAAGGGUUCAGGUAAGUAUUCCAUUCUUAUUUUUGUUCAUUCCAGUAUUUGUAAUAGCUUAUCUCACGACUAUAAAUGCUCACGUAAAAGGUGAGUUUUAAUUAAAAUUUUGGCAAUAAAACUUGAAUAUUGGCUUGAAGAGGUCUCCCCAUUUUUUAUAUUCACCGUGUCGUUUCACGGGGCAGUUUCUUCAAUCUUCACAAUUUUAUCGAACAAAAACUACCGGCAAUUCUUUUUCAAAUCAUUACCUUGUCGUCUCAAAUGUUUAACAUCAAAAAUAGGUACAGAUUCGACUUGGUAAUGGUUUCAAGUCAAUAAACUUUCAGGUGAAAGAAAUCAAGAAGGAGCAGCAAACCGAUUUAAAAAUUUCCGCGCUCCUAUUGAAUGAAUCACUUUUUAAGAGAGAAACAACUUAUGUUCUACAGCUCAUUCCCGGUCGGCUUUGGUCAUCGAAAAAGAGCCCUGUCCCAAGCUAGCCCUGGCUAUAUUUUUCAAUUGAAAAAAAAACGAAUUUUUUAUCGAAGCGUUUUUUUAAUGGUGUUCGCUGUGAUUUUCGACAGAUGAAAAAUUUCUCUUUAUUAAACUCUGAUAAUUUUUUUAACACCUGCCAUACUGAAAUUGAUAAGCUUUAAUCUUAUCCUGAACUGACUAACAGAAACCUGAUUCAUUCAUCGCCUUUAUAAUUAUGAUAUUUCCUCCCUGCGAUGAAGACAUCGUUUUCAUUGGAGAAGAAAGACUAAAACUAACUGAGAACUUGAUUUCUUCAUUUUUAAUGACUAUCAAUAUCACAUCGUUUUUCUGCAUUUUGUUCUUGUCACCUGAUUCUAUGAAAACUUACAAGUGGAUUCUUUUAAACUAUCAGUUUUGGUGUGCCACCGUGGAGUUACAUAAUUGCAAGCGGGUUUUUAGGGUCAUAAUGAUGGAUAUCAUGAUACCGGUGAUGGUGACACCAAUUUUUUACUUCCCAGCUCUAGCCGGUUGCUCAAUCGGCUGGUUUCAAUCAAUGGGUCUACCAGUGAUCUUGCAACUAACUUCAGGAGCUUUGUCUUUCUCAAGUAAGCUUUUGAAGUUUUGAAUCGUUGGUAAUACCUCGUCUUCCAGAUGUGGCAAACUCCAUUUUUCUGUUGUUCGAGUACCGUCAUCACAUUGUUCUGCCCAAGAGCAGUCCAUUCCGAUUCCGGAAAAGUGUCCGUGUUUUACUUAUUUUAUCAAAUUGUAUCGUAUGUAGCGGGGGCGUUUGUGUUAAUUUAGCAUUUUCUCCGGCUGAUCAACUGGCGGCUAAAUUGAAAGUCAUUGAGGUUUUGAACUUCUUCCGUUCUUUCACUGUUCCUCUUCCAAAUCGCUCCACAACCUUGAAAUUAUUGAAAUAGGGCCUUUAUUUGACUUCGAAUUAGACCAGGGGUCUUUUAACUUGUAGUUUUUCCAAGAUCCCUAAGGAUCGACCUUUUUUAAAGGCCUCUUCCCUUUUUUUUUGAUCUUUCUCUGAAUGAGAUAAGAAUCCCACUCUGCAGAUUCUCCAAUGUGAACCGCCUCAUAUCUUUACUUCGUGCGCUUUUGUUGUGGACUUGACUUCGCGGGCCGUAUCCUUCGUUCUAUUUGUCACAGUUGCAUUCACAACUCAAAUUUUAUUCUUCGGAACUCAUGUCCUACAUAUUCUGAACAGUCAGAGUAGUCAUAUGUCCAAUAGGACUAGACAACUUCAAAAAACUUUCUUUUACAACUUGUGCGCUCAGGUCAGUCCAAUGUCUUAUUUUCUCAUCUUUAAAGCAAGCCUUGUUAUUUCAGGUGAGUAUUCCAUCAAUAUUCCUACUCCUACCAAUUUUUUUUGCUAGUUGGCUUAUUGCGAUAAACGCUCCGCUAAGAGGUAUGGCUUUGGUAUAAAAUAACUAAAGAUUCAUUUUGAAGCUGUCUCACCGUUUUUUGUCAUCAUGGUAACAUUCCACGGCGGCGUUUCUUCAACUUUCACGAUUUUAUCAAAUAA